CGGAAGUUUGAAAGUUUACACCCAGAAACGCAGCUGCUGUGACGUUCAGCGGGAGCGCUGAGAUGACUGUUGCUCCGUAGGAAUAGCGGAGAGUCCGCAGGUUAACGUCGGAGGCAACGCCGCACACACGGGACUUCAGGCUCUCCCAUGGCGGCCCUGGCCGGCGCCGAGCGACGGGCUUUCGCUCUGAAAAUCAACAGACAUUCCUCUGCAGAGAUCAGGCGAAAUUUUAGUGGGAGCUAUGGCUUUUAUCAUAGCCGGUCAAACUCCAACGCUUCAGCCUCAGUGUGCUCCACUGUGCCUCUGUCGUACGAAGCAGUGGAGCCAUUGGACUUGGAGGAGUUCCUGACAUCGCAACUGCGAAGUGGAGACACAGCCCUCAUGCAGGAAAUUGGAGACUUUCCCAACGAUGACCUGACGGUUCAGCAGGUGGAGAAAGAAUGUCGCACCAUUCGACACUCUGCACCUGAAGAUAAGAAAGAAGAUUUGGAUCCGCAUGUGAGAGACUGUGUUAACAGUUACACCCAGCCCUGGCUUGUUGUGUCAAGAAGAUGCCAAGGGGAUGGCUGGAGUGCAUAUUCACAUCGAGCUGGUCUUGCCAAUCUCCUUCAGAAACAGAUAUUUGAGUCAGACAUGCAACCAGAGAAACAACAGAAAACUGUCAAGUCUCCCUCACUAGCAGGGCUGACUGAUGAUGCUGGCCGCACACUGACUUCAUGUGACUUUAAUCUGAGGACUUUGAACCCUGACCCUAGAGUGGAUGGGUUGUUGCACUUCACCAGCCAUGAGGAGCUUGAUCGCUUCAACCAGGAGGUACGGCAGGCGAACAGACAACCUGAGCUGUUUGCACUCUAUCCACCACCUGAAGAGGAAGAUACAGUGGUGAUGCGGCCUAAUCCUGAAUGUCCUAAAGAACACAGUGGGGAUCACAUCCUGAUUCGAUGCCAGGCUAUCAAGUUUGAGAUUGACAUUGAGCCUUUAUUUACCAGUCUCUCUUUGUACGACCUAAAGGAGAAGAAAAAGAUAUCAGAGAACUUCUACUGUGAUCUGAACUCUGAGCAAUUAAAAUACUUCCUAAAACCUCACACUCCGCAUGUUGAUCACUCCACCCUCGUCAGAUCUGCCAUCUUCUCAAUCACCUACCCUUCUCCAGAUAUCUAUCUGGUCAUUAAGAUUGACAAGGUUCUUCAACAAGGAGAGAUCAGCGAUUGUGCAGAUCCAUACAUCACUUUGAGGGAAUGUGAUUCUGCCAAGAAUAAGGACAAGCUGGAGAAGCUGCGAAGCCAGGCAGAGGCAUUCUGUCACAGGCUUGGACGCUAUCGCAUGCCCUUUGCCUGGGCAACUGUUAAUGUUAUGGAAGUCAUCUCCACUGCCACUAUAGACCGUGAUGCCACAGAUUCAGACAGCUUGAAAGGAGGUAAAUCCAGCAGCAUUGAUAGGCGAACACAGCUUCCCAGGAGAAACUCUGAACGUUAUAGUACAAUUGAUGAUCAGCUGUGUAACAUUUCUGCCUUUAAACCUGCCACCAUCACCAUCAGUACCAUCUUCAAACAGGAGGGAGAUCGUUUGAGUGAUGAGGAUUUGCUGAAAUUCUUGGCAGAGAUCAAAAAAUCCUCCACUCCUCAGAGGAGAGUCAAAACCAUAUCAGGUGCCAUAAAAUUGGACAUGUCACCAAUCCAGGACAUGCCACAAGGCUGUUUGUCCCCUGAGCUCAUCCCUCUCAUACCUGUAGCUGAGAAGAACAUUCGGCCAGUCAAAGAGGUUCUAGAGUUCCCCUCCAGUGAGGUGUAUGUACCUCACAAUAUCUACAGGAACCUGAUCUAUGUCUAUCCUCAGAGACUGAACUUCGUCAACCGGCUGACAUCAGCAAGGAACAUCACCAUCAAAAUCCAGUUCAUGAGCAGUGAAAACCCCAGCUCUUCACUGCCUGUCAUUUUUGGAAAAUCCAGUGGCCCUGAGUUUGUGCAGGAGGUGUAUACUCCUAUUACCUACCAUAACAAGUCUCCGGACUUCUAUGAAGAAGUGAAGGUGGCCCUUCCCGCCCGUCUAACGGAGCAGCAUCACAUUCUGUUCACUUUUUACCACAUCAGCUGUCAGCAGAAACAGAAUCAGAGCAGCAGCUGUGAGACGCUCAUUGGGUAUUCUUGGCUGCCCAUAUUAAGUAAUGACAGACUGCAGACUGGUCAGUUCUGUCUGCCCAUAGUUUUAGAUCGACUACCUGUCAACUACUCCUUGCAUACACCUGAGAAAGUUCCUCCACAGGUUCCUCCAGUCAAGUGGAUGGAGAAUCACAAGGGACUCUUCAACCUCGAGAUUCAAGCUGUGUCGUCUGUGCACACACAGGACAACCAUCUGGAGCGUUUCUUCACUCUCUGCCAUGCCCUAGGGGGUGGAGCUGCAUUCCCGCUACGGGUCAGGGAUGAGAAAAUUCCAGAGAACAAACUCGAACAUGAGCUAAAGCUCAGCAUCAUCUCACUGUCCUCCUCCAGUUUGGAGCCCCUGGUCCUCUUUCUUCACCUGGUGCUGGAUAAACUUUUCACCCUCAUCAUGCAGCCGAUGGUCAUUGCUGGCCAGACCGCCAAUCUUGCACAAAUAGCCUUCGAGUCAGUGGUGUCUAUUGUCAACAGUCUCCAUAACAGUCAGGAAUUGACCAGAGACCAGCAGGGCAGGAACAGCCUCUUGGCGAGCUACCUUUACUGGGUUUUCCGUUUGCCUGACCCUCCUCAAGACAAUUCAGGGUCAGGCAGCGCGUUGCCUUCUGCAGAGAGUCGUUACAGCACAAUGGGUCGUGCUUCAGCAGCUGCAGUUGGAAAUAUGCUUUUAAUGUCAAGAAUCCGGAGCACCAGUAACCCUGAUAUUCCCUCUCCUCUUACAUCUGCUGAAGACGCUGAAGAUGCUGAAGUGAGAAACAUCCUUACUGCCAAGGGCCACAACAACCCAUGCAGCCGCAUGUCCACCUACGUGGACUUAACUCAUCAUCCGAACGCCACAGCAAGCACCAGGCCCUCCAACAGAAAGCAGUUUCACGAAGAGUUGGCCCUACAGAUGGUUGUCAGCACGGGAGUCUGCAGAGAAAAUGCAUACAAAUAUGCCUGGUUCUUCUUUGAGUUAUUGGUGAAAAGCAUGGCUCAGCACGUCUGUCAGCUGGAGAAACACAGUGUUCCUCGAAGAAGCAGAUUCUCUGACCGAUUUAAGGAUGACAUCACCACCAUCGUCUCCGUGGUUACUGCUGAAAUUGCGACUAUUCUUGUCAAACAACAAAAGGAAUUGGAACAAGCAGAGAAGGUCAACAUCAGCCUGGCCUUUUUCCUCUAUGACCUGUUGUCUCUUAUGGAUCGAGGAUUUGUCUUCCAGCUAGUGAAGAACUACUGCAACCAGAUGUCAUCGAAGAGUGUUUCAAUGCCGACAUUGAUCAGCAUGCGCCUUGAGUUCCUGCUAAUCCUUUGCAGUCAUGAGCACUACCUCAACCUGAGCUUGUUUUUUAGCAGUCCCACUUCAGCUCCCACCUCCCCGUGUCCAUCCAUCUCCUCACAGAGUUCUUGGUCUUGUAGCUUCAUGGAACAGCAGAGGAUUUUGGGGCUCUUUGAACUCUCUCAGGAUUUUAAGCAGCAGCACUACCUGACGGGUCUGCUGCUGACAGAGCUCAGUGCUGCCCUCGACAUGGAGUCAGAGGGGGGAAAGGUGCAGCGAAAGGCCAUCAAUGCUAUCUACUGUCUGCUGUGUUCACAUGAUCUCGACCACCGCUGCAUUAAACCUGAGGUCAGAGCGAAGAUAGCUGCUCUCUACCUCCCUCUGGUGGGAAUUAUCAUUGACUCCACGAACUACCUGGAUUUCACAGUUUCUGACGCGCGCAGCGGGAAAAACAAAGCAGGAGGACCUGAGGAUGACCUUGAAAAUGUUCCACCAAUCAAUCAGUCUGUUGCCAUGGCAAUUGCUGGGAAUCCUUUCAACACGUUGGGAAGAAAUGUUCUUAUUUCCAUGGCAUCCAUGCAGCAAGGUAAAUCUGUAGCCACCCUGUCCGCUGACACCAGUCGCCACCUAUUGGUGUGUUUCCUGUGGGUUAUGAAAAAUGCUGACAGGAGUCUGAUUCAGCGCUGGACUGUAGAUAUGCCCUCAUCCCAGCUCAACAAGCUACUGGAGCUCCUCACUAUUUGUGUAUCGUGCUUUGAGUACAGGGGUAAGCAGAGCAGUGACAAGGUGAGCACCCAGGCUUUACAGAAAUCCCAGCAAGCAAAGCUGCAGCUGGAAGAAGCCCUGCUGAGAGGAAUGGGCGCCCGUGGAGAAAUGAUGAAACGAGUUGGCGGAAUGGAUCGGACUCUGGGUCAGAGAGAGAACCUGCGUUGGAGGAAAGACCUCACUCAGUGGAGGCAGACCAAUGAUAGACAGGAUAAGACUAAAGCAGAAUUGGACCAGGAGGCUCUGAUCAGUGGGAACCUAGCCACAGAGGCUAACCUAAUAGUGCUGGACCUGCUGGAGACCAUUGUACAGGGGGUGCCGCUGUCUGAAUGCAAGGACAGUGUGGUGGGCGGAGUGUUGAAGGUGUUACUCCACUCUCUCACCUGCAACCAGAGUACCACGUACCUCUCUCACACCUUCAGCACACUUAGAGCACUUGUUGUGAAGUUUGGUGACAUGUUGUUUGAAGAGGAGGCGGAGCAAUGUGCCGACUUGUGUCAGAAGGUUCUUCAGUAUUGCAGCAGCCUUGUGGAUGAGAACAGGAGUCAGGCCUGUGCCACGCUCUACCUCAUAAUGAGAUUCAGCUACCACAAUGCCAGCAACUUUUCAAGAGUGAAGAUGCAGGUUACCAUGUCUCUGGCCUCUCUGGUGGGACAGUCAUCAGAUUUUGAGGAGGAAUAUUUACGGUGCUCACUCCGUACCAUUCUGGCUUACGCAGAUGAGGAUUCUGAGAUGAAGAACACUCAGCUGCCCUCACAGGUGGACGAGCUUCUAAGGAAUCUUAACAGUAUUUUGUCAGACACAGUGAAGAUGAGAGAAUUUCAGGAAGAUCCUGAGAUGCUCAUGGAUCUUAUGUAUAGGAUAGCAAAAGGCUACCAGACAUCUCCUGACCUCCGCCUGACCUGGCUGCAGAACAUGGCCGAGAAACACAAUAACAGGAAGUGUUAUACUGAGGCGGCCAUGUGUCUGGUGCACGCCGCUGCACUGGUGGCUGAGUACCUCAGUAUGCUGGAGGAUCACAAGUAUCUGCCUGUUGGCAGCGUGACAUUCCAGAACAUUUCCUCCAAUGUGCUUGAGGAGUCAGCAGUGUCGGACGACAUUCUGUCCCCAGAUGAGGAUGGAGUGUGUUCGGGGCGAUACUUCACAGAGAAUGGUUUGGUUGGACUGCUUGAGCAGGCAGCCGAGCUCUUCAGCAAUGGUGGUCUGUACGAGACUGUGAAUGAGGUCUACAAGAUCAUUAUACCAAUCCUAGAGGCACACAGAGAUUUCAGAAAGCUGAAAUCUACUCAUGACAAACUACAGAGAGCCUUUGAUAACAUCAUUCAGAAGGGCCAUAAAAGAAUGUUCGGUACCUAUUUCCGUGUGGGGUUUUAUGGCACAAAAUUCGGAGACUUGGAUGAACGGGAAUUUAUAUACAAGGAGCCGGGAAUCACACAUCUGCCCGAGAUAUCUCAUAGGCUGGAGAACUUCUACAGUCAGUGUUUCGGUGAUGAUACUUUGGUGAUGAUCAAGGAUUCUGCACCUGUGAACAGGAAACAACUCGACACCAACAAGGCAUACAUCCAGAUAACUUAUGUGGAGCCUUACUUUGAUGACUAUGAGAUGAAAGACCGACUUACAAACUUUGAAAAGAACUUCAACCUGCGGCGCUUCAUGUACACCACGCCCUUCACCAAGAGCGGACGGCCACGUGGUGAACUCCAGGAACAGUACAAGAGGAAGACCAUCCUCACUACCAUGCACGCAUUCCCCUACGUGAAGACUCGCAUCAACGUCAUCCAGAAAGAAGAGUUUGACCUGACUCCCAUCGAGGUGGCCAUCGAGGACAUGCAGAAGAAGACGAGAGAGCUUGCUGUUGCAACACACAGAGAACAGCCUGAUGCUAAACUGUUACAGAUGCUGCUGCAAGGUUCUGUGGGAACUACUGUUAACCAGGGCCCACUGGAAGUGGCACAAGUCUUCCUGAAUGAGAUCCCAGUAGAUCCAAAGCUGUUCCGUCACCACAACAAACUACGCUUGUGUUUCAAGGAGUUCAUAAUGAGAUGUGGUGAAGCAGUUGAGAAGAAUAAGCACCUGAUCACAACAGACCAGAAAGAGUACCAGCAGGAGCUGAAAAAGAACUACAACCGUCUGAGAGAGAGCCUGAGGCCAAUGCUGGAGAGAAAAAUUCCUGAGCUGUAUAAACCCAUCAUCAAGCCUCGCCUGGAGAACAGAGAUUCCUUCAAACAUCUAAGUUUACGCAGAGCUCAAGAGGAAAACUCCUGAUGCCACGGUUCUCCUGAGAGCGCUGCAGAGGGGAGGAUGAGGAAGAUGUCAAACAAUCGAGAGAGAGAAGUGGAGAUGGGAUGAAAACGAGUGAUAGACGUACUUUUCUCUGCAAGGAAGACGAAUGGUGUCCAUGAUGGUGGGCUCCAGUUUCUCAACAACUUAAAUGCAGCAUAUUAUUACUGCUCGCUGCAUGUCUGGUUUCAUAAUGGUACGGUUGUUUAUUACAGGAAGCAGAAGGAGGAAGCAGGUUGAGCACAUAGGAUUCUGAACGUCUGUCUUACUGAGCAUUUUGCUGUAAAAUGAGAGUAUUCAGAUGUUUUUUUUUUCCACUCUUUUCCCUUUAGAAGACUGCAAGUCUGAAUAAUGGUGCAAACACUUCCUCUGUGUUGGUCAAGUAACAGACUGGAGUUCCUCUCUGAGGUCCUUGCUGGCCCAGGGCCUGGAUAUAUGUGUGUGUGUUUAUUCAGAUAGUGCAUGGAGUACAAUAUUUUGUUGCCAUGCUGAAGUCACUUUGUACUCUGUGAUGAUAAAUGAUACUGUUAUGCGCUAAAGGGCCUCUGAAUUUCCACACUGAGCGUCUGUACAUUUUCUGCCAGUUAGAACAGCAAGAGGAUAGAUUUCUGCACUGGAAAAAUGGAUACAAAAUCUUGCGUUAACUGAAGGCUGUUCUUGUCUUUGUGUUGUUUGACAUAAGUGGUUGUAGAAAGUCAAAGUCAAAGAGAUGCUCCUCGACUCUAAACUGAUUAGGAACACUUAUUAGUAACACCUCCUUCUGUAUAUAUUUGAAUAAAUUUAACUUUUACAAAAAUGUUGACAGUAAUUAUGGGAAAAAAACAUUUUUCAUUUUACUUUUAAAUAAUUGCAAUAAUAAUUGUUUGGUCUGCAGGAUUCAGUGACUUAGUAUACUGUACAUUGCAGUAAUUUAAAUGUCUAUUCGUUCAUUGACAAUUUAUGACCAUGCACACAGCAACAAAUGUAGUCCCUUCCAACUAAGGUACCUAAGAGGAAAUGUAAUAUUUAAAAAGUCACUCGAUUUAUGUUUAUGCCAUGUGCCAGUGUAUAUAUUCCAAAAGACAAAAUAACUGCUUUCCAUUGUUAUAAAGUACUAACCUGAUUAUAGUCUACUUCCAUGAAACAACUUCAUUUGUUAUCUUGGAGUUAAUUUAAGUUUUCCAGCAUUUAAAUGUGUUUUUGUGUACAAAGUGGGCAUACAUUUUUCUGUAUGUUGUUAAUACUCACUUUAUUGUUUUCACCUCACUUGCCAGGUACAUCAAUUAUUUAUGGGCUGUUGAAUGUUACAUCAUUUUAUAAUUGGUAAAUAAGAUGAAAAUGAGUUGUACAAACUAAUUAUUAAUUAGAUAAUAUAAAAUAACAUCCCCACAUUGUAACAUACACCUUAUUUCUAAGUGUUGUAAGAUAUGGUGGAGGUAUUCAUCCAUGUCUGUUCCAUUACAUUAAGUGUAUGUUUAUAUGUGUUGUAGUCUAUUAAAUGUUGCAUUUUAACUUGUCAUGCAUACAUUGUCAUGGUCGGGUACCUGAAUAAAAUUUAAUAUAUUA